AUGAUCGAAGUAACGGAAGCUGUAGAACAAGCCGUUAUUGACACAAGAGAAUGGAUUGAAAACAUUGCUACUUCGGAACAAGGAACCAGUGGGUCUGGAUUAGGGUGGAUAAUCCGCAACUCACAUGGGACUUUCAUGGAAUGCGGUAUGAGUAAAUUCCAAGGUAGGGCACCGGUUGAAGAAUCGGAAUGUACGGCUCUGAUAUGGGCACUCCAAUCAUCAUGGAACCUAGGUUACAUAAAGAUCGAGUUUGAUGGGGACAACCUCUCUAUCAUCCGGCUAAUCAACGGCAAAGCUGUAAAUCCUCGACUUCGACAUUACCUUUGA